AUGGCUCAGGACCGUACCACCCAGCAGGUACUUCUUAGAGGUCCCAGUCAAGGAGGGGUGUACUCUCUCACCGCGUCUUCUAAAGUUGCGUUCCUUUCAGUUAGAGCGUCUCCUAAAGUGUGGCACAAUCGCCUUGGCACCCGCACAUUCGAGUCUUGCGUCAGGUACUUAGACAGAGACACAGGCCGCAUAUAUUUGGCAAGGCACGUGAGGUUCAAUGAAGAAACAUUCCCCUUUCAGGGUAUGCGUCACACAAUCGCCACCUUUGCCUCUGGCGAGGCAUCCUCGUCGCCAUGGGCGUGUGCGCCAGUCCAGCAGCCUACGCCACCUAGUCAGUCCGUACCAGCACCCCCAACUCUUCCGCCACUGCCACCGGCUCCCCAACUGGCUAUUCUGACGUCGUCUUCCUCAACAACAGGGGCGACUUCCUCGUCAUUUCAACCUACGACCUCGUCGACCACUACAACCCGGCGACGACGUGUAAGGUCUAAUGUUCGGACUCAUGUUAUGCAGCUCUGGACAACAACAAAUGCAAGGCGGCGUAACCCAGUUCCCCAACCAACCGCACUGGUCGUGUCUGUAGACGACGAUGAGCCUACCUACCACACGCAAGCAAUAAAAUUCCCGCAUUGGCGUGCUGCUAUGGACACCGAAUUCAACGCCUUGCUACAGAAUCUAACGUGGCUCCUUGUUCUUGCACGUCAUGAUAUGAAUGUGAUAGGCUGCAAGUGGGUAUUCCGUGUUAAGGGCAAGUCCGAUGGGACAAUCGAUCACUACAAGGCUCGUCUAGUGGCCAAAGGGUUUAACCAAAUCCCCGGCAAAGAUUAUUCUGAAAAUACAGUUCGUGCUUAUAUCCUAGUCUACGUUGACGAUAUUCUCUUGUUAGGCAACGACUAUGACAUGCUUAGUGGAAUCGAGGCAUCUUAUGACAAAGAUGCCUUAAUGCUGACGCAACAACGCUAUAUGAAUGAACUUCUACGACGAGCUGGCAUGGAAUCCUAUAAACAGCUGUCCACUCCGAUGUCUCUCGCCACUUCUGAUGCCGUUACUGAGUCGCUACCCCUUGAUGACCCUAUGCCAUACAGGCAUCUCGUUGGGUCCCUGAUGUACCUACUGAUUACUCGCCCAGACUUAUCAUUUGCUGUCAACCAUCUGUGUCAGUUCAUGCACACGCCGACACAAGAUCAUUGGGUAGCACUCAAGCGGGUGUUGCGUUAUGUACAGGGGACACGACGCCUUGGCCUGCGUCUCACCUUGGCCUCGUCGCCAGUGGUACACGCCUUCUCUGAUUCCGACUGGGCCGGAUGCUCGUUAGAUCGGAAGUUUACUGCGGGUUACACAGUGUUCCUGGGUCCUAAUCUGGUUUCCUAG